AUGGCCUCUUCCGGCAAGCAAAAGUGGCUAUUCGCAUGGGUAACAUUGUUCGUGGUGUUUAUCACAGGCGCUCAUGGCAUUGACAUCUUUCUAGAAUGGAAUUUAGCCAUUGACACAUCCAUCAAACCUGUGUCUGUUGAUCAACCUGUGAUUACCAUCAAUGGAAUGUUCCCUGGACCCCUUAUCAAUUCCACAACAAAUGACUUCAUCCAUGUGAAUGUUUUUAACAACUUGGAUGAGCCUGUUCUCUUCACAUGGAAUGGCAUACAACAGAGGCUAAACUCAUGGCAAGAUGGAGUUUCUGGCACUAACUGCCCAAUUUUACCUGGUACAAACUGGACUUAUGCAUUUCAAGUCAAGGAUCAGAUUGGAAGUUAUACCUACUUCCCAUCCAUUAACUUCCAGAAAGCUGGUGGAGGAUUCGGGCCUAUUCGAGUCAAUAAUCGCAUAGUUAUCGCUGUCCCCUUUCCCAAACCAGAAGCUGAAUUUGAUCUUCUCAUUGGUGAUUGGUUUUCCAAUGACUACAGGGAAACCAGAAAAAUGAUGAACACUUCAGUCACAGCCAAUAAUGCUAUCCCUGAUGUUAUGCUGAUGAAUGGAAAAGGCCCUUACGGAUACGAAAAUUUGAAAACCUAUGAGUCCUUCACUGUCACAAAAGGGAAGACUUACAGGUUCAGGAUAUCAAAUGUGGGGAGUGCAUUUAGUUUCAACUUCAGGAUUCAGAAUCACAGAAUGGUGUUGGUUGAAACAGAAGGUUCUUAUACCAAUCAGAUCACAUUGGAUUCGCUCGAUGUGCAUGUUGGCCAGUCAUAUUCAGUUCUUGUCACAGCUGAUCAGGAUGAUGCUGAUUAUUACAUAGUGGCAAGUCCUAAAUUGCUCAACACAUCUGAUUCUAGCAGCCUUGUAGGUGUAGGCGUUCUGCACUAUUCUAAUUCCAAUUCUCAAGUUAGUGGCCCUCUCCCCACUGGUCCUGAUCCAUUCGAUCUCGAAUUUUCGAUGAAUCAAGCAAAAUCUGUAAGAUGGAACUUGACAGCAGGAGCAGCAAGGCCCAAUCCACAAGGAACCUUCAAUGUAACAAAUGUGACAUUGUCACAAACCUUCCUUCUCCAGGGCUCAAAGGGAGAGAUUAAUGGCCAACCGCGCUUCGUUGUGAACAAUGUUUCAUAUCUUACAGUAGAUACCCCAUUGAAACUUGCAGAUCAAUUUGUCAACGGGUCAGGCGUUUACCAACUUGAUCGGUUUCCCACAAAUUCUGUCUAUCCUGAAGCUACCUAUGGAGUUUCUGUUUCUACUGGAAUUCACAAAGGAUGGAUUGAACUUGUGUUCAUCAACAAAUUGGAUGUCAUUGACUCUUGGCAUUUGGAUGGCUUUGGGUUCCAUGUUGUUGGGUAA